AUGAUCAUGGUCUGCAUGUUUUCAAAGGCGUUCACAGGGAGGAUGCAGGGAGCAGAUGUCCGUCUGAGGGGUGAGCUGCCAAGUGAGUCCGGAGCGGAGCCGCUGCAGACACAAGGGCCCGGCGUGGGACAAAAGACGUGCAGGAAGCCCCUCUCCGCCUGGGUGAGCCGCCGAGGGUCAGCCCGGCCUGCCAACCCGCGGGGACCCUGUCUGCCCCAGCCCCAGCCCUGGCCUGCAGCCUCGGCCAUGUGUCGCUGGCUCUCGGGGUUCUCUAACACAUGCGAGCACAACACAUAUGGAGGAAUUGGAGGUGGCUGCUCUCCGGCUCCGGGUCAGAGGCAGUGGUUGAAUCUGUUCCAAGCCCAGGUGUGGAGCAAGCGAGGCGCCCGACCGUAA